AUGAGUUCUCCAUUCUUCACCACAAAGCUCAAGCUCGCAUCUGCUGCAGGUCUCCAAGCCGAAGGAACAAGAGUGACUCAGCUCUUGCCCUUGGUGCCGGCUGGCCUGUUGCAAUCCGAGGUCCCUCUCUCGGGGUCUUCUCUAGACACUGUCCUUCAAAGCCGACAAGACGUGUCUGCAGUGUUGGCCAAGCUAGAUGAUCGCCUUCUUGUCAUAGUCGGUCCGUGCUCCAUUCAUGACCCUGUCGCCGCAAUGGAAUAUGCGAGACGCCUGAAGGAGCUCAGUGAGCGCCUCUCAGGUGAAAUCUGCGUUGUUAUGAGGGCUUAUCUCGAAAAGCCACGCACAUCUGUUGGCUGGAAAGGCUUGAUCAACGACCCUUACCUAGACGAAUCCUUUGCCAUCAACGAUGGAUUGAAGAUUUCUCGGAAGCUUCUAGUCGAUAUCAACAGUAUCGGCCUCCCCGUCGCUACAGAGCUGCUCGACACACUCUCUCCACAAUACUUCGCCGAUACAAUCGCUUUCGGGGCUGUCGGUGCUCGUACGACGGAGUCCCAGCUUCAUCGCGAACUUGUCUCAGGUGUUUCGUUUCCCGUGGGCUUCAAAAACGGAACCGAUGGUGGCCUUACUGUAGCCAUGGACGCUAUGAAGUCGUCUGCUUCGCCGCAUCGCUUUCUAGGCGCGACCAAAACCGGCCUUACUGGCAUAGUGCAUACGAGUGGAAACAGCGACACAGCUGUCAUUCUCCGUGGCGGUUCUAAAGGCCCUAACUACGAUGCCGACAGUGUUGAACAAGCUCUGGGAUCUCUACGCUUCCGUGGGCAGCGAGAUGUGGUCAUCGUCGACUGCUCUCACGGAAAUUCCAGCAAAGACUAUCGCAACCAGCCCAUCGUGGCUGGCGUGAUCGCCGAACAAGUCGCACGGGGACAGCGAAACAUUGUUGGGGUGAUGUUGGAGUCGAACAUAUACGAAGGUCGUCAGGACGUUCCAGCCACUGGUGCAGGCGGACUUCUUCCUGGCGUGAGUAUCACGGAUGGGUGUAUUGGAUGGGAUGCUACGGUCCAGGUCCUUGAGAGGCUUGCAGAGGCUGUCCAGCUACGACGCACGGUGAUGCCCACCGCCACUCUGACACCAGAGGAUAGUGAUAAUGGCUGCUAA